AUGGCAAGCUCUUUUGAUACCAGUCCUCUGGUUACAAGAUUUGGGACAUGUCUUUUGUUUACUUUUCUACAGGUUUCUUGGUUGCUAGGUGCUUUCAAAAACCAAAAACAGGUGACCAGAGGUUUUGGUAGUGCUGUACAGACAGUAACUUUAAUCCCAGGAGAUGGCAUAGGACCAGAGAUUUCUGCUGCUGUGAUGAAGAUCUUUGAUGCUGCCAAAGCUCCUAUUCAAUGGGAAGAGAGAAAUGUUACGGCAAUCCAAGGACCAGGAGGAAAGUGGAUGAUUCCUCCAGAUGCCAGAGAAUCCAUGGAUAAAAACAAGAUGGGUCUGAAAGGACCUUUAAAAACUCCAAUAGCUGCUGGACACCCUUCAAUGAAUUUGUUGCUACGUAAAACCUUUGACCUAUAUGCAAACGUUCGUCCUUGUGUCUCAAUUGAAGGGUACAAAACCCCUUACACAGAUGUAAAUAUAGUCACAAUUCGAGAGAACACAGAAGGCGAAUACAGCGGAAUUGAACAUGUGAUUGUUGAUGGUGUUGUACAGAGUAUCAAACUCAUCACAGAAGAAGCAAGCAAACGUAUUGCUGAAUUUGCUUUCGAGUAUGCCAGAAACAAUCAGAGAAGCCAUGUUACUGCUGUGCAUAAAGCAAACAUUAUGAGAAUGUCUGAUGGACUUUUUCUGAGAAAAUGCAGGGAAGCUGCAGAAAACUGUAAAGAUAUUAAAUUUAAUGAAAUGUACCUUGAUACUGUGUGUCUUAAUAUGGUACAGGAUCCAUCGCACUUUGAUGUGCUUGUUAUGCCAAAUCUGUAUGGUGACAUCCUUAGUGACUUAUGUGCUGGAUUGAUUGGGGGUCUUGGAGUAACACCAAGUGGGAACAUUGGUGCAAAUGGAGUUGCAAUCUUUGAGUCGGUUCAUGGAACUGCACCAGAUAUUGCAGGAAAAGACUUGGCAAAUCCAACUGCCCUUCUUCUGAGUGCUGUGAUGAUGCUGCGUCAUAUGGGACUGCAGGAAUAUGCCGCUAAAAUUGAGGCUGCAUGUUUUGAUACGAUUAAAGAUGGAAAGGUACUGACUAAAGAUUUGGGAGGUAAUGCUAAAUGUUCAGAAUUUACAGAGGAGAUAUGCCGCCGAGUACGAGACAUGGGCUAAAAUUGUAAUCACUCCUGAUGGACACAUCACAAAAAAUUAAUAUUUAAAUCUGCUGUUCACAUGCAUUUGGUUUGCCUCUUUCCUGAAAGCAGACUUUUUGGAUGGGGUCCUCUUCAUGAAUAAAUUUACCCCAAAUGGUUACAAAUUAUUCUUGUGCCUGCUUUCAGUGGAUUUUUUCAAACUGCUUUGUUUUAUUUAUUACUUGUUUCUAACUGGUGAAUUUUUUUUAUACAAAUGGAUUUAUUUAGUGUGUCAUUUGUAACUGUUACCAUUUUACGUUUCAACUAAAUUGUUUUUACUUUCCAGAAAAGCUUGUUGUAAAUAUCAAGAUAACUGAAUUCCUGAAUUAUAAAAGCACCUUUAAAAAUAUAAAACCUAUUUUAUUUUGUACUAUUAGCGUUAAACAGAAUGGCUUUUCAGCCUUAAAAUAGCACAAGAUGACUCUAUUUGCAAAAAACAGAUAGGAAAUAAACCACUAAGAAUGUUCCAUUAUAAAUCUUGAGGAGGAAACAUUUUUAGGUGCUACAUUGCAGUCCAAAAAUACAACUUGUCCUCCAAAUGCAUGAAUAAAUAUGAAAGCUUUAGAAAUGUUUAACUUAAAAUAUAGUAUUUUUGUGGAAAAAAAAUGAAGGCAUAAACUAGAUGGGGAUGAAGAAUAAUGAUGUUAGUAAAACAAAAGUAUCCUUCAUACAUAUAUGUAUCCAAACAUUCUUGUAAGUUUGUCUUUAUUAGUUUACAACAGCAUAUUCCUAAUGAAAUGUAGGUGAUACAAAAUC